AUGCUGAGGUCAGUGUCCGGCUCCAACUCCUCGAGGGGCAUCGCCGCCGUGGUCGGCGUCGGGCCCCGGCUCGGCUCGGCGGUGGCGCGCAAGUUCGCCUCCGAGGGCUACACCAUCGCCAUCCUCUCCCGCGACCUCGGCACGUCCAUCUAUCCCCUCGCUCCUCCUUCCUCCCAUGCAUCUCUUCCCUCUUCUUUAUUUCGAUCGGAGAAGCUGAGUCCUUGCGCCGUGCGCGUGCGUGCAGAGAAGCUGUCGCAGCUGGCGGAGGAGAUCGCGCAGGAGGCCAAGGCGCAGGUGUUCGCGCUCCGGGUGGACUGCGCCGACGCCCGCUCCGUGCGCGAGGCCUUCGAGGGCGUCCUCUCCCUCGGCCCCGUCGAGGUGCUCGUCUACAACGCCUGCGAGCCGCCGCCGGACAACGACGACGACGCCGCGGCCGCGCGCCCUCACGCCCUUCCUCGCCGUCACCCCGAUGCUUUCCACCGCGCUCUGGCCGUCUCCGCCGGAGGGGCCUUCCACUGCGCACAACAGGUACGGUCAUCCCGGGCAUGGUGGAGAGGGGCAGGGCACCAUCAUCUUCACGGGCUCCUCGGCGUCGGUCACCGGCUUCGCCGGCUACUCCGAUCUAAGCUGCGGCAAGUUUGCCCUCCGGGGUUGUCCCAGUCGCUGGCCAGGGAGUUCCAGCCGGCCGGCGUGCACAUUGCGCAUGUGAUCAUCGACGGCGUCAUCGGCGAGAGGAGAUCGCCGAGGAGCAGGGCCGGCAGCGCCGGCGGUGACACGGCGGGCGCGGACCCGGACGCGGUGGCGCAGAGCUACUGGCACGUCCACGCCCAGGACAAGAGCGCGUGGACGCACGAGAUGGACAUCCGGUCGCCGUCCUUCAUGUAG